AUGAGGGGCCGCAGGGGCGACCGCAUGACCAUCAACAUCCAGGAGCACAUGGCCAUCAACGUGUGCCCCGGGCCCAUCCGGCCCAUCCGGCAGAUCUCUGACUACUUCCCCCGCCGGGGACCAGGACCCGAAGGCGGGGGCAGGGAUUUCAGGGAGGCCCCUGCUCGUCUGGCCCCCCUGGCCCUGGCCCCCCCUGCAGCCCUCCUUGGGGCCACCACGCCCGAGGAGGGAGCCGAGGUGGACAGCUACGACUCGGAUGAUACCACGGCCCUGGGCAUGCUGGAGUUUGACCUUCUCUACGACCAGGCCUCCUGCACUCUGCACUGUAGUAUCCUCAGGGCCAAGGGCCUCAAGCCCAUGGAUUUCAAUGGCCUGGCUGACCCCUACGUCAAGCUGCACCUGCUGCCUGGAGCCUGCAAGGCCAAUAAGCUAAAAACUAAGACUCAGAGGAACACGCUGAAUCCCGUGUGGAAUGAAGAUCUGACGUACAGUGGGAUCACGGAUGAUGACAUCACCCACAAGGUGCUCAGGAUCUCCGUCUGUGACGAGGACAAGCUGAGCCACAAUGAAUUCAUUGGGGAGAUCAGAGUACCCCUCCGCCGCCUCAAGCCUUCACAGAAGAAACAUUUUAACAUCUGCCUUGAGCGCCAGGUCCCGCUGGCUUCACCCUCCUCCAUGUCAGCAGCGCUGAGGGGCAUCUCCUGUUACCUGAAGGAGCUGGAACAGGCAGAGCAGGGCCCCGGGCUGCUGGAAGAGCGUGGGCGCAUCCUGCUGAGUCUCAGCUACAGCUCUCGGCGCCAGGGGCUGCUGGUGGGCAUCGUGCGCUGCGCCCACUUGGCCGCCAUGGACGUCAAUGGCUACUCCGACCCCUACGUCAAGACGUACCUGAGGCCUGACGUGGAUAAAAAAUCCAAGCAUAAAACGUGUGUGAAGAAGAAGACUCUCAAUCCAGAAUUUAACGAGGACUUCUUCUACGAGAUGGAGCUCUCUGCUCUGGCCACCAAGACUCUGGAAGUCACAGUCUGGGACUAUGACAUCGGCAAAUCCAACGACUUCAUCGGUGGCGUGUCCCUGGGGCCUGGGGCUCGGGGAGAGGCCCGGAAGCACUGGCGUGACUGUCUGCAGCAGCCGGACGCAGCCCUGGAACGCUGGCACACCCUCACCAGCGAGCUGCCCCCUGCGGCCGGGGCUCUGCCCUCGGCCUGA